AUGCCAUCUCAUUAUAAGAGAAAGACUGACCAUCAGUCAUGGGAUUCGGAGUUCAUGAAACAAGCAAUACUGGCUGUGAAGAGAGAAAAAAUGCCAUUUGCGACAGCUGCAAAGCUGUUCAAUGUACCAAGGAAUACUCUCAAACGUAGAGUGCUUGACAAAAAUGUCUAUGCAGUUGAAAGCAAGAAGGUUCUGGGCAAAUAUAGAAAUGUUUUCAGUGAGGAACAAGAACAGGAGCUCUGCGAAUAUAUCAUUGACAUGGAGAGACGAUUCUAUGGGUUGACUCAAAAUGAACUACGGUGUGCAGCCUACAGCCUUGCAGAAAAAAAUAAGAUUCCACACACAUUCAACCAUGAGAAGAAGAUGGCUGGCAAGGAUUGGGUAGCCGGUUUUAAGAAGAGACAUCCUUCUAUCAGCCUGAGGACACCUGAAGCAACAUCCCUAGCAAGAGCUCAAGGAUUCAACAAAGUGAAUGUGUGCAAAUUCUUCGAAAUUUUAAAGACUGUUCUAGACAAGCAUUCGUUUCCUGCUCAUAGAAUUUACAACUGUGAUGAAACAGGACUUUUAACCGUUCAAAGUAGAAGUACAAAAGUUUUUGCUUUAAAAGGCAGGCGGCAGGUGGGAGCAAUCACUUCUGCUGAUAGAGGUCUACUCUCAACCUUCGAAGUAUGCAUGUCUGCUGGGGGAACUUUCAUACCUCCUUUUGUAAUAUUUCCCAGGAAAAAUAUGAAAGCAGAGCUGACAGAUGGAGCUCCUCCUGGCUCAGAAUUUGCAUGCACUCAAAGUGGCUGGAUGCAAGCAGAUAUUUUUUUAAAAUGGUUUGAACAUUUUUUGAAUCAUUCAAAGCCUUCAGCGGAGUCACCGGUGCUCCUCAUAUUAGACGGGCAUGCCACACACACUAAGAAUAUUGAUUUCAUCAACAUGGCCAGAGAAAAUCACAUGACUGUGAUAUGCUUGCCUCCCCAUUGCAGCCACAAACUGCAGCCUCUGGAUGUAUCCUUCAUGGCACCCUUCAAGGCAUAUUACAUUCAAGAGUGUGAAAAGUUACUGAGGAAUAACCCUGGACGAGCCAUCACACAGUUUCAAAUCAGCAGACUCCUUGGUGAAUCUUUUUUGAGAGCAGCUGUUCCCUCAACAGCCAUCAAUGGUUUCCGAAAAUGUGGAAUUUUCCCAUUCAAUCCAGAUGUUUUCCAUGAUUAUGACUUUCUACCAGCUGAUGUGACUGAUAUCCCAAUUAUGGAAGAGAAAGAAGAAAAUCAAGAAACAAAAGAAGAUUCUGGACCUAGUGGUGUGAAUGAAGAUAUGAAUAGAAGCUCAUUUAAUGUUUCUCCUAGAGAGAUUUUGCCUCUUCCAAAAAAAUCCCAGAUUGUGCAAAAAAGGCAAAACAGAAAAAAAGGAAAGACAGCAGUCAUAACAGGAAGUCCUUACAAAAAUGAGUUAUUGGAAGAGAUGCAGAAGAGACAGGAGAAUGUCAAUAAAAAGAUCCAGAAAAGGAAUGAAAAGAGAAAUAUUGCGCCAAAACAGAAGGAAAAGGGAGCAGUUUCUAGAAAUGUAGGCAAAUCAAAAAACCCGAAAACAAGAAAAUCAAUCACCAAAAAAAAUUGA